AUGCCCACUCUCCACGAAUAUCUAGGACUCCCAAAUCCUGAACUUGACCGGACGACUUUACGACCCGGUAUGAAUACACUCCCUGUUGGUACAUAUGAGAUCGAGGGGGUCCAACAUUGGGACGAUUUCACUCUCGAGACUGUUUUAAAUUGCUUCGGAGACAUCCUUGGGCGCAAUUUCGAGGCCAAGGACCUUCAUCAUCCACCUCCUCUACCCCAGCACCACCGCCGGCUAACAGACGAAAGCUGUGUGGAAAGCAUUUUGAAAAAGCACAACCAUACGAUCAUUGACCGAGCCCUCGAGCUUGCGCAAUCUCGACUGGAGGGCCGGGGGCUUCACCUCCCAAUCUCCAUGUCCUGGGGAUCCCUCGCUGAUGUACAAGAAGAUCGCAGGCUGCGCCCUGAUUGGGCUGGCACUGUCCAUCGCGGACUACCUCCGUAUGAAAAUCGUGUUCCCGGAGAUACGAAACCGUCAUCGAAAUGGAGCUCGGCGAUGAAAGAUUCCGCCUCGGUGAGUAUACAAGAGGAAUAUUGGAAACCAUUACGGCAGCUCCUCCUAUACUGUGUCCGCACCAACACAAGGUAUGGAUAUAUCAUCUCGGACGCAGAAGCCUUAUUUUUUCGUCGGACAAAAUCACAAGAACCUCCUACAUCCCUAUCUGCGAGCAGGGCACGACGUCAACCUCCACCAACGCACAAUCGUGUGACAUCUCUCACCUCAGUAGUUUCAGGGACAUCGGCAAUGUCUCUUGACUCUUCAGGAUCCCCAUAUACUGAUGCGGGAAACCCAGAUAUAAAUGAGGCACCUUUGGAGAUUGCCAUUAUUCCCUGGGCUAACGCCGGUACGGCGGAGCUAACCAUCAACUUGGGAGCGUGGUUCGUCCAUAUCCUUGCGACAUCUGACAUUUCUGUCGAAGAAUCGUAUCAACCUCUGGGAAGCUGGCGGAGGAUCAAAGAUGGAAAGGGUCACUGGUGCUUCCAACAGGAAGGCUCACGAAGAGUUUCUCAAACGCUCCCGGAAAGAGGGCUUCUGAUUGAAGCUGCGCCAUAG